AGUGAAGAUGGGAGAAUACACCGUAGAGGUAAAAAAACUUGCCAUGGAGAUUAUGGGGGCCAUCACUGAGGGCCUUGGCAUUGGUCCAACCUACCUAAGUGGCAAAUUGGAUGAAGGAAUGCAAGUCAUGACGGUCAACUGUUACCCGCCGUGCGCCGACCCGGGUAUUGCAUUAGGGUUGCCACCUCAUUCCGACUAUACUUGUCUAACCAUCCUCCUCCAAAACUCUUCCGGUCUUGAAAUUAUGGACAAUGAGGUCGGCGCAUGGAGGGCCGUCCCGGACCUUCACAGUGUCCUACAAGUUCAUGUUGGUGACCAUCUCGAGGUCCUAAGCAAUGGGUUGUACAAAAGUGUCGUACACAGGGUUACCCUUAAACGCGACAAGACUAGAAUCUCCAUUGCUAGUCUGCAUAGCAUGGGCAUGGAUGAGAAGAUGGAAACUGCCAAAGAGCUUGUUGAUGAACACCAUCUCAAAGGCUACAAGGAGAGUAGCUUCAGAGAUUUUCUCAAUUUUCUCUCCAAGAAUGACAUUGCAGAAGGAAGGAGCUUCAUCCAGACUUUAAGGAUUUAA